CCCAACACCGUCAAGUCCGCCUCGCGCAGGCCCAGUGAGCUGGCAGGUCCCUAUAAGUGCUCAGGCAGCUUUUGUCGCAGACGCCGUGCCGCUCGACACGACGUUGACCCCCGCGUCCACCAGCUGUUUUCGCUGUACUCUAUCUUCUUCUUUCUCCAAGACUCGACAUUCGGCAGGUCCGAUUGCUGUCUCCUUUUCAACCAGUCCAGUCCUUUCGCCAGCCCGUCAUUCCCGCCUCUGCAGACGCGCCGGUUCCGUAGUCCCAGAGAUCUUUCUUCACUCUCGUAACGUCGUGCUCUGCACUCCCUUUUAUCUCCCUUCUCCUACGCCCAUACCCACGCCAUGCCCCGCCGCCAAGCACCGAGUCCCCUUCGCCUCGUGCAGGGCCCGCUUCCGAAACGUGGCCAGCCAAAGCAUACCCUCCCGUCGCUCCCACGCCCUGCCCUCCACCCACCGUCUCGAGCCUCCCAAGGUCCCGUCCCUCGCAAGCGUGCACAGUCUUACACCUCCGAGGUCAACCAGGCCGAAGACAUUGGGGCACGCGCGCCCGCGGUACAGCUAGUCAACGGGCUGCCUACCGGCGCAGUCUCCCCGACCACGUCGUCGUGGUCCUUCAACGGCGAAAGCAGAGGCCGGGGACAUUCCCGGCAGAGCUCCACGUCUAGCUCCAGCUCGAACUCGAGCUUCAGCUCGCGGUCGAGCAGGGAUAGCUCGAGGAGGUCCUCUCUUGAUGAGGAAAAUCCCGAUGCGAUUUAUGGCCCUUGGGUGAAACAUGCGAAAGGCUUCGCGUUGCCAUUCGACCCGAAUACGUUGAUCAUGCCUCCAAGACCAGUGGCGAUCAAUCCCGUGCCGGUGUGGUGAGCGUGCUAUAUAAUAGGAGUUGUCGAGACUUAGGGGUGGGUUGUGGGCGAUUGCGGUGAUCCGAUUGGACUCGGUUGGGGUGCCCAUGUUGACCAUGUGUAUCCUACUCUUUCGUCUAUUCAUGAAUGAAGGCAGUGUGACGCUAA